AUGAACUGUGCAAUUUCCGGAGAAGUUCCCGAGGAGCCAGUGAUUUCGACGAAGUCAGGUCUGCUCUUCGAGAGGCGAUUAAUCGAGAGGCAUAUAUCGGACUAUGGGAAAUGCCCUGUUACUGGCGAGCCUCUUACAAUUGAUGACAUUGUCUCCAUCAAAACUGGGAAGAUCAUAAAGCCGAAACCAUUGCAUACAGCUAGCAUCCCUGGAUUACUCGGAACGUUCCAGAAUGAAUGGGAUGGUUUGAUGCUAUCAAAUUUUGCGCUGGAGCAACAACUACAUACUGCAAGGCAAGAGCUAAGUCACGCCUUGUAUCAGCAUGAUUCUGCUUGUCGUGUCAUUGCUAGACUGAAAAAAGAAAGAGAUGAAGCACGCCAAUUGCUUGCAGAGGUCGAAAGACAUAUACCUGCAGCCCCAGAAGCUGUGGCACCUAUUGCUGGUCUGAGUAAUGGUAAACGAGCUUCCGUUGAUGAAGAAAUGGGUCCUGAUGCGAAGAAACUGUGUCCUGGAAUCUCAGCUGACAUUAUCACCGAAUUGACAGAUUGCAAUGCUGCUCUUUCCCAGAAGCGCAAAAAGCGACAGAUUCCUCAAACAUUGGCUUCAAUAGAUGCUUUGGAGAGGUUCACUCAGCUAUCAAGCCACCCACUUCACAAGACCAACAAACCGGGGAUUUGUUCGAUGGACAUCUUACAUUCUAAGGAUGUCAUUGCUACUGGAGGAGUUGACACAACUGCUGUUAUCUUUGAUCGCCCUUCAGGUCAAAUCCUGUCAACACUGAGUGGUCACUCGAAAAAGGUUACAAGCGUUAAAUUUGCUGGUGACAGUGAUCUUGUUUUGACUGCUUCGGCUGACAAGACUGUCCGUAUCUGGAAGGAUUCUGGGGAUGGGAACUAUGCUUGUGGGCACACAUUGUAUGAUCACUCUGCAGAGGUGCGAGCUGUAACUGUGCAUGCCACAAACAAAUACUUUGUGUCGGCAUCUCUUGACAGUACAUGGUGCUUCUACGAUCUUUCCUCUGGCUUGUGCCUUGCAAAGGUGACGGACGAUUCUGAGAAGGUGGACUACACGGCUGCUGCUUUUCAUCCCGAUGGUCUCAUUCUCGGAACCGGUACUUCUCAAUCUGUUGUCAAGAUUUGGGAUGUUAAAAGUCAGGCAAAUGUGGCGAAGUUUGAUGGACAUUCCGGGGAAGUUACCUCUAUAUCUUUCUCUGAAAACGGUUAUUUCCUUGCGACUGCUGCGGAAGAUGGUGUUAGGCUGUGGGAUCUGCGCAAGUUAAGGAACUUCAAGUCAUUUUCAUCUGCAGAUGCAAACUCUGUUGAGUUUGAUCCUAGCGGGUCUUAUCUUGGUAUUGCUGCAUCAGAUAUCAGACUAUACCAGACGGCGAGUGUGAAAGCUGAGUGGAACCUUAUCAAGACACUCCCAGAUCUCUCCGGCACUGGUAAAGCCACAUGUGUGAAGUUUGGUCCAGAUGCACAGUACGUUGCAGUUGGUUCGAUGGACCGUAACCUACGGAUCUUUGGUCUUCCUGUUGACGAAAAAGCCGAUGCCGACGACUCGUGA